CUAAUUGUCAUUCUGCUCAGCUGCAGAGGCGCCUAAACCCAGAGGAAUCCACAGACGGACUCACCAUGGCGGCCUGGGCAGUCUCCCUUGCCUUCCUGCUGCUUGCAGCUGGGGUGAACGGACAAACAGUGGUCGGGCAAGGAGAGGAGUGCCGCUCAGGGGGCAACAUUCUCCCCAUCACUUGUGCGAGUGGACUCACCUGUGUCCCCAGCAGUACGUCCCUGCCAAUACUUCCCGACAUUGCCAGUUUAGGGACAUGUCAAGUUACCCCAACCAACGCCACUCUGACGGCGUACCAGGCUAUCAAGGCAGAGAAUGAUAAGCUCGUCGCGGCGCUGACAGGUGGCAACUUCCUAGCGGUCGCAAACUUCGUGACCCCCGACGUGCAGCUGGUGCUUCCCAAUCUCACCUCGCCGCUCACGUUGUCCAACAUUAACACGUUGCUUCUAUUCUCCGGGAGGUUAUCCCCCCUUCCCGGCUCAACCGGUCUGCCUGAGCCAGUCGAUCGCCUCUUUAUCUCAAUCGACGCGAACAACUCGAUCACAGUGCAAAUAUUAGCCGCUGGUCAGCUGGGCAACGUAUACAUCACGGCGCUCUGGCGGCUCUUAUCCGACGGCUGGACCGUCUCGUUUGCUGACAUCACCCCCGCGGACACCGCCCCGAUCGUCAACACCACAAUGCCGGUCUAUCAAAACGCGCCCAACGUCACGGUCGGCGCAAACGCAAGCGCAACUUCAAGCACGGAAAACAGCACGAGCAUUCAGAGGGCGGUCGUAAGCGCUUCCAACGCGUUUUUGGCGGCGCUUGCCGCGGCCCCCCUGAAUGGAAGCACGAACGCAACCGCCGCCGCUCUCGCGAAUGCCACGGCCCCAUAUGUCGCGCCAGGGACGGAGUUCGCGAUCGCCACGCUUCCGGGCCCUGCGCCGCUCAACUUCUCCGACCCCAUGGUCAUCAACCUUGCCCAGCAAGUACGGAAUAACACCGCCGCAAACGGGACGGCGCAAAGCUUCGUGGCGUACCGGCAACUGAGCAACGUGGCCGUGCUCCUGACUUCCAAGCUGUUCGGCACGGCACUCGCGUACAACGUCGCCUAUGGAGCCUACUUCACUCAACUCUGGCAAUACCUCCCAUCCGUCAACGCCACAACCAAUGCUACGGCGCCCACGUGGCAACUUACAUACGGAGUCGUGAACGUCGGCCCACCAGGCCCCGCGCCGAACGCCCUAGUGCUGAGUUAGAUACAAGCACGCGCGUAGCUGCAUCCAGGCCCGCUCGAGUUAGAUUCGAGGCCGGUUGUCUGUGAGAUUCAGGGGGAAAAGGAGAAAAUGCCAGCCUAGGUAGAGUGCCAGUAAAUGUGCAGAUGGUAGGUUCCUUGCGAUCAUGGUUCUGUGUUGUAAUAAACAUACGUUUAUAUAAGUUAUUCGGAGUUCAUGAAGUACCGGAUGCAGUCAAAAGUCGGUCACUCUUCUGAUUCUUGUUGUGUCUUUCUAUAGUCCGGCA